CUGCUUGCGGUUGCUGGCACUGGUCUGGUUUUGUUGUCAUUUGUCAAUCUGUCAUGUUUGUACGUCAUUUAACAGUGUCUUAGAGGUUGUUUUUACAAACCAUUUAUUAAUGCUUUAUAUUACUGUAAAUAGUGAAUGGUUAGGUGUAAUUAGGGAACGAGUGUAAAUAUUUACGCCAGUAGUUACGAAUGUUUUAGGCAAAAAUGGAUGGUCAGGGGCCAGAAGUGACGUUCCUAUUCCAAUUUGGCUUGAUUCGAGAUGCAAUCACAGUCCCUGUGGCAUCGCUGAACCUCAAAACCAUCAAAGACCUGGCUUGCAAUUUUAUAAACUCGAAAAUACCCGACCAUGGGAUCAACAGGUUGGAGGACCGCCUCUUGCUGUUCAGACACGAGUACAACUCGAACAACAUUCUUCAGUUCAUCAACUCGGCUUCGGAGAUCGUCGACGAAACCCUGAUCGAGAUCGUCUUGACUGGCAAAGUAGUUUCAACCCCCGAAAUCACAAUAGUCAGACCGCAUGCUCUCUCAGUUCACUCGUACAAGACACCAACGUUUUGCGAUUUUUGCGGCGAAAUGCUGUUCGGGUUGGUGCGCCAGGGGCUCAAGUGUGAAGGAUGUGGGCAAAAUUACCACAAGAGAUGUGUGGUCAAAGUCCCGAACAAUUGCAGCUACACUCUCUUGGAAGACAAGCAGAGGAGGCGCUCGACCACUCUGCAGGUUCCGCGGAGUCCGUCAGGGGGCUCCAACUCGUCGCUAGCGUCCGCCAACUCGACUCAGACAGAGGACAGUGGCUUGUUUCAGGCACCGAACAGGUCACCAUCCCUGGGCGGGCGACCGGCAUGGGUUGAGAAAGAAAUGUCAAGUCGGGUAAAAAUUCCGCACACGUUCGUCUUGCACACUUACACAAGACCGACAGUGUGUCAGUACUGUAAAAAGCUGUUGAAAGGACUGUUCAAGCAAGGUCUCCAGUGCAAAGACUGCAAUUACAACGCACACAAAAAGUGCAUGGACAAAGUACCUAAAGAUUGCACGGGUGAAGUGCCAAAGGAGAACUCCUGCAAUUACGACUACGCCGACAGCUCUGCCAGUAACGACAGCCAGUGUCACCUGACCCUGGUCGAAGACGAGAACGAAGACGAGAAACUGAAUGGUGCUAACAAAUAUAUUGAAGUUAUCCCGGUGCACGAUGACGACAACGACUCAAUUCCUUCCAGUUGUAGCUCUUCUUCCUCUCCCAGUGCCAACAUUCCAUUACAACGAAUAGUGCAGUCAGUCAAACACACCAAACGAAGGGGCUCCAAGGUGAUCAAAGAGGGCUGGCUUGUGCACUUCACUAACAAAGAUCGCAUGGUGCGGCGCCACUUCUGGCGCCUUGAUACUAAGUCAAUUGUUUUAUUCCAAAAUGACCACACUUCAAAGUAUUACAAGGAAAUUCCGCUUUCGGAAAUUCUGACGAUCGAUUCGGCACGAUCUAAACAAGCCGAAGUUAUGCAUUGUUUCGAAAUUAGGACCGCAAAUGUUGAUUAUUUCGUGGGUCAGGACCCUUUGUACGACCUCCAAGACGGGAACAAUGUGAACUUACCACCGCCUGAUAGCGGAAUUGGGGCUUAUUUGGCCAAAAGUUGGGAAACUUCCAUCAGACAAGCGCUGAUGCCUGUGACAGCCGGUCCAAAACCGGAAGAGACCAACGAAAGCGAAGAGCACAUCAUGGAUAUGAGCCAAAUUUACCAGAUAUACCCGGACGAGGUUUUGGGUUCGGGGCAAUUCGGAAUUGUCUACGGGGGGAUUCACCGAAAAACCUCAAGACCCGUGGCCAUCAAGGUGAUCGAUAAGUUAAGAUUUCCCACCAAACAAGAAGCUCAGCUAAAAAACGAGGUUGCAAUUUUACAAAACUUAUCACACCCUGGUGUAGUUAAUCUCGAGCGGAUGUUUGAAACGCCCGAACGCAUUUUCGUGGUCAUGGAAAAAUUGAAGGGCGAUAUGUUGGAGAUGAUUUUAUCGCACGAGAAAGGGCGCUUGACUGAACGCGUUACGAAGUUUUUGAUCACUCAAAUACUGAUAGCUUUAAAACACCUUCAUAGUAAAAAUAUCGUUCACUGUGAUCUGAAACCGGAAAAUGUUCUUUUGAGUUCGGAUGCGGAGUUUCCGCAAGUGAAGCUGUGCGACUUUGGGUUUGCUCGAAUUAUUGGCGAGAAGUCGUUUCGCAGGUCUGUGGUUGGAACUCCGGCAUAUCUCGCACCGGAAGUUCUUCGCAACAAGGGCUACAAUAGGUCGUUGGAUAUGUGGAGUGUGGGUGUAAUAGUUUACGUGAGUCUGAGUGGAACUUUUCCGUUCAAUGAGGACGAAGAUAUUAACGAACAAAUUCAAAAUGCGGCGUUUAUGUAUCCUCCAAAUCCGUGGAAAGAAAUCUCGUCGGAUGCUAUUGAUCUCAUCAAUAAUUUGCUGCAAGUCAAGCAGAGGAAACGGUACACUGUGGACAAGUCUUUGCAGCAUAUUUGGCUGCAGGACUAUCAAACUUGGUGCGAUUUGCGAGCGUUGGAGAACCAAAUAGGCGUUCGCUACUUGACCCACGAAUCGGAUGAUGCACGAUGGGAGCGAUACAGGGCGGAACUUUGACCUGAGAAAGGUUGGCUUCACAAUGUCAAAAAGUGCCUACGAGGUAUGAAGACAUAGGCAGCUCAAAAUCUACACGGAAUUGCUAGAGCACACUAAACGUUUCUCGAUAAAAUUUUUCUGUGAUGUCACCUUAAAUAACAUUUCGAAUUUACCACACAGAUGUUUUAUCGUACACUUUUUGAAUGGUUUCGCGUUCUAAGAGAUUCUACUUAAGUACACGAGUUACUUAUUAUCAUAUAGUUUAUUUUUUAUAUUGUUUUUUUUAUUAUUAUUUUAUAACUUGAUUUUAUCGUUUUUGUGCAAGCCAGUACUUUCGGUACCAUUCAAGCGCCGAAAUUUUGUGUUGGAAAGUGCUGGUUUGAAUCAUUUACCUAGUUGUAAAAAUACUCAAUAUUUUAGCAUUUAAGUUGGUAUGACGUAAAUAAGGAAAGUGCACAGUAGUAAGUAUAAAAAAGCUUUAAUAUUCGUACUCGAUCUAAUUGUGUAUAAUUAUGUAUUUAUUUCAAUAUUGGUAAGUAAGUCUAAGUGUCAUUACAUACUGUUACUGAAAAUUUGGUUGAAGGAGAUUGGACAAUUAAUUUUUAGGUGCUUUGUUCUAGUUCACACUAGCGUGUUGUAAAUAGAGAUUGCAGAGCACAUCUAGUUUUUACCACAACUUCCAUUCAACGAAACUUGUCCAAUUUUCUUUGAUGUCGUCAGCGCUGCUACCACAGUCAAAUAAUUCUAAAACAGUUAAAAUCGCAGCUUUGACGACUUCACCACCUUGUACUUCGAUUCUGCUUUCUCAGCCAAAUAGUGGCCUUAGAUCUUACAAACUCCUACCUGACUGUCGCUUCCAAAACGCAGAUUUGUGAAAGACUCUCAGGGUCGAAGUAUCAAGGAACUUAUUACAUAAGGUUGUGUUUGUUGAUAUUAUGAUAAAUCUCGCCAAAUGAUUUGAAUCUCAAGUAGGGACUUAUUCCAUGAUUUUUGACCUGAUCUUGUGAUGACAAUAGGAUAGUAGACCAAUAGUAUUGCACUUAAAAAUCUGGCCUAAUAAAUGUGCUUCAGUAUUGUCACUUUAAAGUUAGUGAAUUUGUUAUAAGUGUUGAAGGGUUCUUAACGACAAGGACUUGAUUUUAUUAAUUGUAUUUAUAUAUUUGUAUCAUAGUGUUGGCUUGGUACAGGGAAUUAUAUUUUAUAUUAAAUGUACAUGUAUAUAAAAAUAUACAACAGAA